UCGAAUUGCAGCGAUGACACAAAAAGCAAGCUUACAACACAAACCAAUAAGUAUGAGGAUAAAUCAAUUCUUCUUUUUUGAAAAAAAGAAGUAACAAUGCAACAACUUCUGAAUCGACAAAUCCGUCAAUUGUCAAAAUCGCAAUAUUUUGUAGACGGCAGGUUCUUGCUCGCCAUAAAUAUAGGUAUACUCCAGAUGCCCCGCGGUCAAAUGCAAGGUAAGGGUAAGGCUCACAUGAAAAAAUCAGGUUACUUUUCAUCAAACUCCCUCGGAAAUAUUAAUACCGAGGUUUACGAAAACGCGGUAAACGAUCCUCCUCUGCCUCCGGUUCGGUUCGGUUCCCUUGUGAUACUGCCAGGACGACGAAAACGAAAAGAAUCGCCGGAUUUCUGUAUCAACUAG